AUUCUAUGUGUUACAUUUAAGGUGUUCUGUAGGACCCUAUGAGGAUAAAUUUAUAAGAUGAGAAAUUUUAAGAGGUAGACUUGAUUAGUCUGAAGUUUUCAGACAUGUGAUUUUAAGAUUCUGCUUCUCCUUCCCAUGCAAUACCUGGUUUGUCAUCAUGUGGCUACUUACAUUGGCCAACUCACUCAGUGGUGGGGUUUGGUAUACUGAAGUCUGAAAUUCCGAGAUCCUUUUUAGACUUUCCUUUGUUUCACUUCCCAGAGGGCAGGUAAUGUGUCAGAGCCAGCUCCCUGUUUAACUGAUGUCUCAUAGGUAGGAAGAGAGGGAGAAAAAAAAACAGGGAAGGGAGACUGCGUCAUAUUGGAGGAGGAGGGUAGCAAAGAAAAAUGAGCUUUCUUAAACAAAUCGCAUGCAGAGGGACACGUUGCCAGGGCUUGGGCACUUCUCGGCAGGGGCUCGGCUCUCUUCCCUGCUGGCCACGAUGCAGGAAGCAGCAGGAGUGCUGAAGGAGGGCUUCCUCGUCAAACGGGGACACAUUGUCCGUAACUGGAAAGUGAGAUGGUUCGUUCUGCUUCAGGAUAAGCUGCUGUAUUACAAAAUUGAAGGAGGCAAAAAGGAACCUUCUCCAAAGGGCAGGAUCCUUUUAGAUGGCUGCACUAUUACUUGUCCAUGCCUGGAAUACGAAAACAGACCGCUGCUCAUCAAGCUAAAGACAAAAACCAAUACAGACUAUUUCCUUGAAUGUUGCUCCAGGGAGGAGCGAGACUCUUGGGCUUUGGACAUCACAGGAGCUAUUCAUGCUGGUCACCCAGUACAGGUACAAGAGCUUCACAGAAUGAAGAACUCUUUUAAACUACUAGAGAAUAUCAGCCUCCACCACAUAGUGGAGAGAAUGUGUGACAGCAGUACCGGAAUUAAGCUAACCCGCAACUUGCAACAAGGCAACAGAUACAAAGAGACUUUCACAGGUUCUGCCCUGGUGGACUGGCUCAUCUCCAACAGCUUUGCUGUGUCACGAUUCGAGGCCAUCACCUUGGCAUCCAUGCUGAUGGAGGAGAACUUCAUCAAGCCUGUGGGAGCACGCAGCACUGAGGCCACACGCUUCAGCGACCUCUCUGAGCAGUUUCUUGAUGACUCUACUGCACUGUACAUAUUUGCUGAGAGCAGUAAGAAAAAUAUCAGUCCCAAAGAAGAGCUACAAUUUAAUAUCUCUGAAUUAAGCGGCACCAUUGUGAAGCAAGGAUUCUUAGUGAAACAGGGGCACAAGAGGAAAAACUGGAAGGUGAGGAGAUUUGUUUUGAGAGCUGAUCCUGCUUUUUUGCACUACUAUGACCCUACUAAGGAAGAAAACAGGCCAGUAGGUGGAUUUUCUCUUCGUGGCUGUCUUGUCUCAGCUCUGGAGGAUAAUGGAGUCCCAGCAGGAGUGAAGGGCAAUGUGCAAGGCAAUCUCUUCAAAAUCAUCACAAAAAAUGACAUUCAUUAUUACAUCCAGGCCAGCUCCAAGGCAGAGCGAGCACAGUGGAUUGAGGCAAUCAAACCACUGACAUGAGUAAGGUGGAAUCCAUGCCAAAUGACGAGUCACAUCUGUGACCAAGUUUCCUGCUUUCAUUGUCUGUGACUGUUGUUUUGCUCUUAGAUAGUCUAUUCUUGUUACUUGUAUCUCCAUAGCACCCAUCAAUUCCUGACAGACCAGCAUCUUAGGUGCCUAGGAGUCAUGCAGAUCCAGAGUAAUUCGCCACCAAGAACUUAACCAUCUAACAAAAGACAACAAGUGGAUACAGGCACCUGUUGCUUUACAAAGAAACAAUGAGAUACAAUAUUCCAAGGUGGAAGAAAAUAAUUACUUUUGUACAAGUAUUCAGUCUAUAUUUGACAGAUUCAGGUUGUGCUUUAUCCUAAAGCAGAAAUGCCUUGUUCCUUUCCCCUUUAUAAAGGGGUUUAUAAACUUAAUUAGUUAAGACUGACUGAAUCAAAGUCAUGGAAGGUCCUGGUGUCUAAGGCUGCCUUUCUUGGUAUACACAAGAGCCUUGUGCUAAGCCACAGUCCAGCUGCUAGGAUAAUCACUAAUGCAAAACAUACAAAGUGUCUGUCCAUCUGUCUGCUCUACCAUUUGGUUCUCUGUUAGGUUGGAAAAGACCAAAGGAUCUUCCUCUCCAGUAUAUAAAUUAUUCUUGUGCUGGUAAUGGCCCGCAGCAGUACAGGAUCCUGAGUAUCAAACCAGACCAGUGGAAGUUAUUCCAGACAAAUGCCUUUGCUGAAGAUACUGGAUAAAACCACCCAGCCAUAGAAAUGAGACUUUUCCUCCUGAUUAUGACAGUAAAUUCAUUUAUGUGGAACACCAUUGGGACUAAGAGCUCCAAUAGCAGUUAUGACUAUUGCUUUUUUUUAUUUCAAGUCAUUAAAUCUUCCAUUAUUUGUCUGCUAAUCUUGACUUUGGUAUCAUAACAUUUUUUUUAAAAAGGUCAGUGCA